GUAUAUACGUAGACCCCAUAUGACUCAACAGAAAUAUUUGAAGCGUUAACACUUUGUCAUCUGUAUUUCUAUGUAUUUUGUAUUUUGGUCUAAUAGCUGAGUAGUGUAUCCUCAACAAUGUUGGUCGUUUUCAUGGGAGAUGUCGGUCGUACAGCCACAUUUGACAUGCAGCUCGCGAUGGGAAGUGUCUCUCAACUUCAAGACACAAUCGCCAAUCGCCUCCACAUUCCAGUAGAGAAGCAAGUUUUGUUGUCAUGUAGCGGAGAAACCUUACAGCCGUCGUGCCGCGUCGCCAAUUUCAGUACAGGAACGGAAACGAGCCCCAUUUUCCUGUUCGACAAGAGCAAUAUUGAGUCAUUGACACCGCCUGCUGCUACAGUACACUCAACCAACGAUGGGAAACUGUUAAGUCAAGUGCAGAUGGCAUUGCAAAUGCGACCUUCACAAGAGACUGUGGUGAGACGAGCACAACUGGCUACAGAAUUCCAUCAUCAUGCUGUUGAACUACAUCAGUCAUGUGCUCAACUUGUCAACGAGCAGGGAAUGCAGCAGAGAGCUUGGAAGGCGGUUAUUGCUAAUUUGGAACGAAUUGGAAGGGCGUUUAGUGAUCGCUUGGAGACUUUAAAAGAACUCUACAACGAAAUCCUGUUGUCUAAAGUCAAUUUUAUUGAGCAUCUACAAACAUUUGAUGUGUCUAUUUCUGAAUUGCGGAAGAUCAUUCUUCCUCAGUGUUUAUUAAGAUCACCUGAGUUUACUGGCCUUCUCAGUCCAAGUACAAAGGAGUCAUUUGAACUUGUUCCCAGCAACACAGACACAACGAAAGAUGAUGAAGUAUCACUACUAGACUGGAUAUCAGCUCAUGAUCAAAAAUGUCUGUUGGAAGAGUUGGGUGCCAAUUGUCACAAGUCAUUGGAUCAGCUGAGUUCUAAACAUUUGGAAGAUAUUAUGAGUAAAAUGUCAUCAGUUCAAGCAUUUUUUGCUAAUCACGAGAUGAAGGAGGUGUCUGGUCUUGAUGAUCGUAUUCACAUGCUGAAACAGCAACUAAAUGAUGCUGCAUCACUGGAGAAGGAAGUGCUGGAGAUUUCUCAAGGAUUUCAGCAAAACAAAAUGAGAGCUCAGUCUCUUAGAGACGCUUCUGUGCUUCCUGAUUUGUGUGCUGGACACGAGAGGCAACUGAAAAUGUUGGUUCAAAAUCACACGCAACUGAAAGAAGUUCGUUGUCGUUUCACAAAUGCGAAACAUGAACUAUGUGCGAAUCUUCACACUCGUCUACGUUGGGUGGUGUUUGUACAGAAACAAGUUGCAGACUGUGACAGCAGUAUCAUUCUACGCUGCGAGAGUCUCAAGAAACUAAAAAAGAAAUUAGAGAUUGUUGAGCAGGUAAACUCAGCGCCACGUUUGUUCAUCACAGCAGCCGCAGAAGUUGUGAGACGUCGGAAAUACAACACACAGUUUGUCACCUGGUGUGAAGAUGUCACAACGUGGUCACAUGAUGUGCUCAGUGAAGAAACAGCAAUGAGAGGAAAGUUUAACAAAGCAAUGGGAACACAUUUCCUUCAAUGUUUCUUUCCUGGUUUGGCCGAGAAGCCGCCGAGUUUUCUUAUGAGAAAGCCUCUGAUGUUCAAUGAGAGUUUACCUGAAAUGACUGAGACAGAUUUGGAGAUGUUUAAGAUAGCCUUGCCUUCUCUUGCAGAAUAUGCUGUUGUCAGUGAACCUUUCCAACUUUGUCACCCCACACUGCCAACAAAGGUUGCAAACAGUUAUGACGAUGACACUAAUCUGAGGAAGGAUAUUGUUGCACCACAUAGUGACGAGAUCACUUUACUAAAGGAGGAGCUUCGUACUCUACAGAAAUCUUACGAGGAAGAGAGACGACUUGCUGAUACAGAGAAACAACAAAUAAGACAGGAAAUAGAAAUGUCAUUCAAGGAGCAAAUAGAGAGGCUUGAGACCGAGAAACAUUGUUUAGUAAAUACGGAGAGAGAAUGGCAGGAGAAAUCGUGUACCACUUUAAUGGAAUUAGAGAAGUCAAACAAACAUCUCACAGAACUUCGUUCUCACAUCAGCGAAUUAGAGCUGCAGUUGACAAUAUCACAGGAACAAACAGCAAGUGAGAACUCGGUGGAAAAGGAUAAAUGCGAACGACUAGAGCAGGAGAGGAAGACAGUAGAAGACGAGAUGAAGAGAAUGAAGAAGGAAAUGGAAGAAGGACUGAGGAAUAGAACGGAAUGGAAAGAGAAGAUGCAGAAUGAGAGGCAGGAGUUAAUACAAACUAUGAAUAAGCAACAUCAAGAGCAAGUGGAAGCUCUAAUGGCACAGCACAAAAUAGAAAUGUCAACCAAACUUGAUCAGGUCACACAAGAAUGGGAAGUGAAAUGCACAGAACUGGAGAAUGAUUUGAAAGAGUUGGAGUCAAGCAAAUCAGUGCUGAUCACACAACAAAGUGAGAGCGAGAAGCAACUGACGUUCAAACUUAAGAGUGACUAUGAGGCUCGUAUUGCCACACUACAAACAGAGAAACUGCAAGAGCUGGAAGUCGUCAAACAAAAGAAUGAUUCUUUGCUAAAGACGAGUAUUGCAAAGGCUAUUGAGUCAGGUAAAGAGGAGGCACGUCAACUGUUUGAUUUAGAAAUAGAGGAAAUGAAGAGAGGGAUGGAGGAGAUGAGAGACGAGAUUGGAGACGAAAGACGAGAGAAGGAAGAGAAGGAAAAAGAGUUGAAGCUAAUGAAGAAGAUGGUAGACAACAUUAGGAGAGAAUUAGAGGAGGAGAAACAUAAAAUGUCUUUACUUGAAAGUCAAUUGGCUGAGCCAUCAUCUUCAUCUGCUACAGACAACAAGCAAAGCAAGCAACUACAAUCCCCUCAUCCUCCAGCAUCACACGAGCCGAUAGUAUCAGCUCCUACAACAAACAUCAGUGAGAGGGGCAAUGAAAUGGCAUCAGAGGAAGGUGCAGUGACUCACAAACUGAUGGAAAAGGAAAGAGACUUGCGAGAGGCAAAACGUGAGGCUGAAGCAGAAAGGAUGAAAGCAAAGAAACUACAAGAAGACAAGGAAGAGUUUGAGAAGAAGUUAAUAAGAAAAGGACUGGAAAUGGAGUCUAAAUAUCAAGAACUAGAUCUCACUGUUGCAGACAUGACAAGAAUGCUGGCUGAACGAGGUGUGACAUAUGAUGCAACCAGGCUAUCAAAGUCUUACCAGCCAAAAGUCAGCCUUCAAGAUUUUAAAGUUGGAGAUUUGGCCCUUUUCUGUUUCUGUCAAGAUACUGGCUCAUACAGAGCAUACAGUAUUUCAUCUACACGAUACUACUUGCACCCAGAUUCGGUAGAGGCAUUGGGUCUUCAAGGAGAAGAAAGGUGAGGGUGUUGGUUACGCAUGAGAGUUAGUAAGAUAAUGAGAAAUAUGCUACAAGGGUAAUUCUCAGUAUCCAACAGAAUUGCUGACUGUCCGUCUGUCUGUCUGUCUGUCCGUCAGUCGGUUUGUCUGUGUCUGUCUGUAUGUGUCUGUCUGUGUGUCUGUCUGUUUCUGUCUCUAUGUCUGUUUAUUUAUCUGUCUUUUUGUCAAUCUACUAGUAAUUGGCAUCUAUCUACCCAUCAUGUUAUAUAACAUUUGAUGUAUUUCAUCUAGAAUUUCUUUUUCUCUUGGUUUUAUUGUAAAUCGUGAAUACUGCCAGUGCAAGAAGAAAGCUAAUCGGUUUAAGCUUCCUGUGGGUGCGAAGUUUUACCGACUGUUUGCUCAACCAUUUGUUCCAAUGAUGGCUGGAGAUCAAGAGAGUUCGAGUCCACUAGGAAGACAAGGAAUGUUACAUACUAACUAGAGCGAUUCAUGGAGUUGCAUACAUUAACUGCAAUGACAUGUUGACGAUUGCAUACUGUUAAUGUAAUAUAUUGUUCAUGCAUGCCACUUUGAUAACCAGGAGUUCCAAGGUUUGUCGUGA